UUACUCAAGCCGGAUUGUUUGAAUUUAUUACUUCCAUCAAGACAGUUCGUAAAAAUAUUAUCAGGAUGAUUUCAGAUUUCCAAAAAAGGUCUGCUAUGACCAUUGGUGAACUGGGCUCUGUGAGUCUUGAAUGGAUUUAAAAAGGCUCCUCUGGGUCACAUGUUACUGGUCUGCAAACACAGUUCCAGUUCAAUAACACAGUGGCACCCAGUGUUCUUAACCAAGCCACCCGCAUGGGGCCCCCUUCUCCCAUCAUAAUAGAGAAACUUAUACCCCGUACAGAGAGGCAGGAUGAUCUGGAGAGCUGCAGCAGCUCCGUACGCCUCUCAGAAGAGCGCCUGCAGGCUGCCAUCAGACUCGCCAGGAGAGAUCUGCGCAGGAAACACCAGGAAUCCAUCAGCCGUUUGUCACUUGAGCCAGCAGAGAGAUCCCAGAAUAACAGCCCUGAAAGAAGCAACAUAGAUAGAUACAGUCCUCGUGUGGUGCACCCAAAGAUGUCAGGUCCAAAGAAGCAAUUAAAAGACGGUGCUCAGGUGCUUGUUUAUACUCCUCAGGAACCCAAUAGCCAACUUAAACAGGGCCAGGCACCCACCAAAGACCUCGACCUGAGAGUCAACAGCGGUGAAACUCAGCUCACCCAGGAGAUCCGUAAAUUACAGAAGGAGCUGAGCACAUAUGUUCAGAGGAUAGAGCAGUUAGCUAAUAAAGGACAUGCUGUGGAGGUUCUGGAGUCUGAUGAGAAACAAAGGAUGGAGAUCCGGCGACAGGAGCAGGCAGCCCGUUCCGCACGCAUCAUCUAUGUGUUACAACAGCAGGUUAAAGAAAUACAGGAGGAUCUAGACAAGCUGCGUUCCCAGAAUGUCAAACACAGCAAAAAGUCCAGGGCAAUGGACAGACUGGCUGCUGCUCACCAGGGAGCUGUAAGAGCCAUGCAGGUUUUUAUCAACCAGCUGUCGGACCCUGCAGAGAACAGAGUGCCCACCCACUGCAAAGAGCUGGUGCAGCUGAUUCGCCAGCUCUCUCUCUGCUCAGCCAAAGCAGAGGUGGGGCAAGGAUCUGCCGUACCAGAGACAGCCCUCGACAUCCUGCAGAAAUUAGAGACGCUUGACUCAGCACUGAGUAAACAGGAGACAACCAAGUAAAGAGAUGUAGAUUUGCAAAAUGUCAACCCAGUGGAAAAGACUUCUACCAGGGUCAAGGCCCGCAGCAUGUCCCCUCCCCAUCCUGCCAGAGCACCAGCUGAGAGGACCUCACGAAGACCCCGAAAGCCAGCUGCUGCAAAAAAGCCUGGUGGCAGCAGACUGGCAGAAAAAUCCCACAGGACCUCACAAGCAUUGGUGAAGGAGCGCAGCGUAGUUCUGAGGGCAGGGCUAGAGAACCUCUUGCAUCAUCAAAAACUGAGAGAGGCAGAAGCACAGAAACCCAACAAAACUACCAGUGCCAUCAACCCAGACCAUGCUAAGGCCGGUCAUGUUUGUGAUGCCAGCUUCCAGCAGCCCACUGUCUCAUCCCGACUGAGGGAAAACCAGGUACCUCAGAAAGAGGCCACUGUGCCUUGGAUACCAACAUCCCCUCACUCUCCUCCUCUCCCACGUGCUGUGUCUAGCCGGCCAGAGCCCAGAUGUCUGUUCUCACCUAAAAAGAGCCCUGAAAAGCAGAAGCCACAGACCAGACCCAGUGGCAGCACACAGCUCAGCCCUUCAUCACAUGACAGGAAACAAGCACAAAAUGAAGCCCUUAGGCAAGCCUGGCUGGACAGGGUGACUGCAGACAGACUAAGAAAACUGAAUCGUCUGAGUAAAGAGGUGGCUGACCGCAUUAACAUACUCCGGACCACAGUGGGCUCUCCAACACAAUGGGCGGAAAAAGCUGAGCAGACCGCUAGAGAGAGAAUUCAGCCUUUGUUGGAUCAACCACAGGUGGUUGGAACAGGAAGUGACACACUCAGAGAGCGGCUGAAUGUUGCAGAUAAGCCUGGGGCCAGUGCGGACAAAUUGAGCGAAGCUCUUUUGGAAGAUCUUCUGGAGGACGCCGCUCGAGCUUUGUGGGUAACUGAGAGGCAGCAGGUGGCUGAGACUGAUGCUGAAAGGCAGCUGCAGGGCCCCACAUUAGAGAGCAUGUGGAUGAGGAUGGAGGAGAUGGAGAGAGACCAGGAAGAAGUGUGUAGACGCUUUGCUAUGAUCUCAUACUCUGACCCUCUUAUCUGGGAAAACGGCACAGAUGCUCCGAGGAAUAUUUCUAGCUCUAGGCCAACCUCUCCUCAUCCAAUCCGACUGAAGAAACCAGUCCUGAAUGCACCCGGUAUGGCUGACAUCCUCCUGCAAAAGCCAGUGGAGACUGGUCUGGCUGAUGAGCUAAUGGCUGAGACUCUGGCUGAUGUGGCGGCAGAGUUCCAGGAUGUUUGUGAAGAGUAUGCGGAAGCUGUUUUCACUUCAGAGUUCCUCCAGCCUGUCCAGUCUCCCACCACGUCAAUGUCAUAGAGACUCCUUAUAAACAACUAAGAAGCAAUGACAUUUUGAUAUGUUUUUGGAACUGAACAUCGUCAUAUCUAGGUUUAUAUUUUUGUAUGUUUUCCCAUGUAUUACGUUUAAAUAUUGGACUUUACAAUCACUGAAUAGAACCUGCUGGUUACAGCACGGUUUAUACUCAGACGGGCAUUUCUGUUGUAAUGUGAAACCUCAGUGGGCGGUCUGACUUUUAAAUGCAAACAGAUGCUUUUUAGCACACGGCUAACAAAUGUCACAUUAAUGUGUCAUAAUCCAUACAACUUUCUUUGUGCAUUAGUCAAUGCAUUAGUUGACUUUUGCGGUUGCUAUUCAGCAUAGACAAAAGCCUUAAAAGAACCUCUACAUUAUUAAUGCAUUGCAAAUGAUAAGAUUUUUGCUGUUUUCUAUAAAUACCUCACACUAGAGGUUCACACGCUUCCUUCCUCUUGAAUGAGCAUUAAGGGAUGCAGUGAUGCUGUCCACGUCAGAACACAAACUUGUUACUUUGUGGACUGAUUUCAUAUACUCUAUAUGUUUUGUUUAUCUGUGCUAAUUGUCUUUAAGUUCACUAAGCAUCCAUAUGUUGCCCAGCGUGAUUGGACAGGUGAGGUAUAUUUAGAGUAUGUGUAUAGUUUAUAUGUCAGAGCCUGAGGGGAAAAUGGCCUCCAGAUGGGUCCAGAUGUUGUGCUGGUAUGCUGGGAAUGUGCUUGGACAGGACAACCAGGGCCUAAGCACUGUAGAAUUUACAAGCAUUCUUUAGGCUCUGUGUGUUGAAACGUACACGCCAACAGCUCUUAUAUAACUAAAUAAAGCUAUAAUAAUCAGAAAGUGCAUAGUUUAGACAUAUUUAGGAAUAUAAAAUGAGGGUCUGUGUCUUUUAAGGGCUUUAUAUGGCUUUGAAAGUAUUGGUUGUCCCUUUAUUGCUUAAUUCUAAUGCAGUGAGCAGAUUUUAGGGUACGUUUCUUAACCUGUCAAGUUGUAGUUUAACCCCCCAGAUGUGAGUCACAGGUUUCUUCCCAGUGUUCAGCAACCUACUUAUUUGUGAAAAGUGCCAAAAGCAAACUAAUAGCACAAGUAACUGCAUUUGCCAGCAUAUUCUAGGCUUUAUGCCAUGAACUAUUAUGAAUGCUGUGAUGCUACAGGAAUAUAGUCACCAAUUUGGCAUGAACUUGUUCUUGGUUGUGUUUUUAUUGCUGGUGAAAGAUACCUGUUGAAUUUGCAUUGUAUUUAUAAUCAUGAUUUAAUUUAUAAUGAAAAUAAAUGUUUUAAAAUGGCGCU